UCUCCUGAUCUUUGGGCUUCCCUCUCCAGCGUCCCUUUUCGAGAAACCAGUGCGAGUAAUUAUGAUCGCGGAGUGGACGCUGAGAGAGCAAGCGUCGUUGCAAACACUAAAUUAUUUGUAGAGGCUUUUCGUUAUCUCCACCCCUUCACCUUCGACAGAAUGGAGAUGGCCAUGGAGCGGAGCGAGCGUCCCCCUUCUUUCUUCAAGAAGUUGCUAGGCGAUUUCACCCGCAAGAUCAAAAUCCCGCCAGCUUUUCUGAAGAAUUUCCAGGGAAAUGUACCGAAGAAACUUCUUGUUAAAUGUGGCGGGAUGUCAUGGUUCAUUAUGACAGAAGAAAGUGACGAGGGCUACCCCUUUUCACAAGGUCUUGCAGAGUUUGUUAAGGACCUACACUUGGAAUUAGGGGAGCUGGUAAUUUUCUCAAUGGUUGGUCAGGAGACAUUUGAAGUGGUCGUAUAUGACACAGAUUGCUGCGAGAGAAAAACCAUUUCUACAAGGAGUUAUGGAGGACAACCUGGUGCAUAUGCUGAAGAAAAAAGCGGUCCAUUCGAUGAGGUCAAAAAAGAGGAGGAAGAGUCGCUUAUGGGGGUUGAAAGUAACAUGCCUGCUAGGCAUCCUUAUUUUGUGUGCUCCAUGAGGAAAUUUCAAAUGCGUUGGCUUAAUCUUCCAGCAGCUUUUGCAAGAGAGGCGAGGCUAAAAUCAAAGAGAAGCGUGGUCAUAGAAGAUCCACUGGGGAGGAAGUGGCCGGUCCAGUUGCGCCAAUAUGUCAAGCGCACCAGUAUUAGUGGGUGGCCACGAGUGGUCAAAGCGAACCGCUUCGCAAUUGGUGACACCCUGAUGUUUGAAUACCGUCGAGGUAGCGGCGAUGCCAUCGCGUUGAGGAUAAUGAGCAGAGCAGGAAGGAAUGGAGCUGGUCCGGCUUAUGAGAAACGGGCUUAAAAAAUGGAGUUUUGAUGCUUUUCUCAAGGAAGGGCAGGAACAACUUUUGUUCUUUUCGCUGAGGAAGAGAAAUGUUUUGGAGAGUUAUAGGAGCUGGCUUAGCACUGUCUAUAGAUCAUGUGGACUAAGAUUGUCUGGACCAUUGAUCUUGUGG